AUGGCUGUCAAGAACGGUGCCUAUUUCGACUUCAUCAUCGUCGGAGGCGGCACAGCCGGCAACAUCGUCGCUGCCCGCCUCGCUGAGAACCCCAAUGCUAGAAUCCUCGUCGUCGAAGCAGGAAUCGGAACUUCCAAAGAUAACGAAGAGAUCCGUACUCCGGGACUUGCCAUGGACAUCCGGGGAAGUAAGUAUGACUGGGCCUACAAGACAACAAUGAUCAAACGGGACGAUUAUGAACGUAUUGAGAAGCCAAAUACUCGCGGCAAGGCCCUAGGUGGCAGCUCGUCACUGAACUAUUUCUCUUGGGUGCCUGGCUCCAAGGGAACAUUCGAUAUGUGGGAGGAAUACGGUGGCAAGGAAUGGACUUGGGAACCUCUUGUUCCCUAUCUGAGAAAGAGCGUGACUUAUCAUGACGACGCUGGGUUGUAUGCCCCAGAACUUAAGAAGAUUGGUGCGGGAGGACCGAUUCCAAUUGCUCAUGCGGAGCUUAUGCCAGAGAUGAAACCAUUCCGAGAUCUUCUCGCCAAGGCUUGGAAAUCCACCGGCGAGCCUGUUUCUGAGAAUAUCUUUGACGGGACGAUGCGCGGUUUGGUUCAUAGUGUCAACACGAUCUACAAAGGCAGACGCUCGGGAAGUUUCCUUGCUGUUACGGACAAAUCAAACAUCACCAUCUUUCCCGAGAUUCACUCGAAGCGGCUGAUUAUCGACCAAGCAGACCGUACUGCCAAAGGAGUGACUGUAAUCACAGCCUCUGGAGAGGAGCUCGAUCUUUAUGCUACUCGCGAGGUCAUUGUAUCUCAGGGCGUGUUUGAGACCCCGAAGCUCCUUAUGCUCAGUGGCAUUGGUCCAAAGGCUGAGCUAGCCAAGCACAACAUUCCCUUACUCGUCGACUCGCCGCAUGUCGGUCAGCAUCUGUUGGACCACCCAGGUGUUCCUUUUGUCCUCAAGAUUAAGGACAGUUACUCCAUGGAUAACCAUGUCCUACGUAAGGGUGCUCUUCAGGAUAAGGUCAUGUCGGCUUACGCGAAUGGCCAUGCCGGACCAAUGGGAUCACCUUUCCUCGAGAUGAUCGGGUUCCCUAGAAUAGAUUCAUAUCUCGAGAAAUCUCCCGAAUACCGCGCUGCAAAGGCUGCGAAUGACGGUCUUGACCCCUUCUGCCCAUAUGGUCAGCCUCAUUUUGAGCUUGACUUUAUUCCUCUCUUUGGUAGUGCUUUCCAAUGGCACUUCCCGCACCCUAACAAGGGAAGCUAUAUGACAGUCAUGGUCGAUCUCGUACGUCCUGUCUCAGAGGGCGGCGAAGUCACUCUCAACAGUGCUGAUCCCUUGCAACAAGCAAACAUCAACUUGAAUUACUUCAACAACGACCUCGACAUCAUUGCCAUGCGCGAAGGCAUCAGAUUCUCGUAUGAUGUGCUCAAGAACGGGGAAGGGUUCAAGGAUAUAGUUGAAGAUGAGUACCCAUGGGAUAUGCCACUUCACGAUGACGAUGCUAUGAAGAGGACGGUUCUGGACCGUUCGCAAACCUCAUUCCAUCCUUGCGGAACUGCUCGUCUCGCCAAGAGCGUUGAACAGGGCGUGGUUAACCCUAGUCUUCAGGUGUAUGGGAUCAAGAAUCUUCGUGUUAUUGACGCUUCUGUCAUUCCUGUUAUUCCGGACUGUCGUAUUCAGAACUCGGUUUAUAUGGUGGCGGAGAAGGGUGCUGAUGCGAUCAAGCGGGAUCACGCAGAUUUGUACCGCUAA